CACAAGAACUAAGCUUAUUAUACAAAGACACACACAAUGAGUUCUGCGGCUAAAAAUUUUUAUCAGGUAGUCAAAUCGGCUCCAAAAGGCCGCUUCAAGGGCAUCAAACGUGACUAUACCGUCGAAGAUGUGCUCAAACUCCGAGGCUCCAUCGACAUUGACUACACCCUUGCCACACGUGGAGCCAACAAACUCUGGCAACUAUUGCACACUGAGCCAUUUGUGCCGGCUCUCGGAGCCCAGACUGGAAACCAAGCAGUUCAGAUGGUCAGAGCCGGAUUGAAGGCUAUCUACUUGUCCGGAUGGCAGGUGGCUGCCGACGCAAACUCCGCUGGAGACAUGUACCCCGAUCAGUCUUUAUAUCCAGCAAACUCUGGCCCGGAAUUGGCGAAGAGAAUCAACAGAUCUUUAAGAAGAGCAGACCAGAUUGAAGCCUGUGAAGCCGAGGACUACCUCGCCCAACGUGAUUGGUACGCGCCAAUCGUUGCCGAUGCAGAAGCCGGAUUCGGUGGAGCCCUGAAUUGCUUCGAGUUGAUGAAGGCCUAUAUCGAAGCCGGUGCGGCAGGAGUUCACUACGAAGAUCAGCUUGGAUCGGAGAAAAAAUGUGGUCAUAUGGGAGGAAAAGUCUUGAUCCCAACCGCCCAACACAUUCGUCACUUGAAUGCGUCUCGUUUGGCUGCUGAUGUCUGCGGAGUUCCUACAAUCAUUGUCGCAAGAACCGACGCAGAGUCCUCUAGACUUUUGACAUCUGACAUUGAUCCAAGAGAUCAUCCAUACAUUGACUACGAGGCUGGAAGAACGAUUGAAGGAUUCUACAGACUCAAGGAUUCCACUGCAAUUCAGUAUUGUAUCGAUCGUGCCAUCCAAUAUGCUCCAUACACCGAUCUCAUCUGGAUGGAGACCUCUCACCCAACGAUCGCCGACGCCCGUGAAUUCGCUGAAGGUGUCCACAAGCAGUACCCAGACAAGAUGUUCGCCUACAACUGCUCUCCAUCCUUCAACUGGAAGAAGCAUCUGUCCCCAUCGCAGAUGGAGAAGUUCCAGAAGGAGUUGGGAGCUAUGGGAUUCAAAUAUCAGUUUAUCACGCUUGCCGGAUACCAUGCCAACAGUUAUAGCAUGUUUGACUUGGCCAGAAACUACAAGGAGAAGGGUAUGCUCGCCUAUUCCGGGCUCCAGGAAGGAGAGUUUGCUGCUGAGAAGCAUGGAUAUACGGCAGUAAAGCAUCAGAGAGAAGUGGGAACCGGAUACUUCGACGCUGUCAGUCGUGCGGUUACCGGAGGACUCUCUUCGACUACUGCCUUGUCAGGAUCCACUGAAGAAGCUCAAUUCCAGACUGCUGUUGCUUCGCAGGAUGAGGAAAUCCUUUCGCUCACCGCCCAAAACGUUGCUGGAGACGAGAAGAUCCUCACACCAGAUGCUCUUCGCUUCCUCCACGACCUCAACACCGAAUUCAACCCUCGCCGUUUGAGACUUCUCUCCAAGCGCAACCAAGUUCAGGCUGAUAUCAACAACUCCCUCUGGUUCCCAGAUUUCAACAAGGAGACCGAGGUGCUCCGUAGUGAUCAAGGAUGGAAGGGAGCCGAGAUUCCAAGGGAUUUGCAAGAUCGUAGAGUUGAGAUCACUGGACCAACCGAUCGUAAGAUGGUUAUUAAUGCUAUGAACUCUGGAGCCAAUGUAUUUAUGGCUGACUUCGAAGAUUCCAACUCCCCAACAUGGAGAAACCAGCUUGAAGGACAGAUCAACUUAUAUGAUGCUGUAAGAAAUAACAUCUCCUACACCCACCCAACUACUAAGAAGGAGUACACACUGAAUGAGAAACACGCCGUUCUGAAGGUCCGUCCACGUGGAUGGCACCUUCCAGAGAAGCAUGUCCUCAUCCACAACCAGCCAACUUCAGGAUCUCUCUUUGAUUUCGGACUCUUCGUUUUCCACAAUGCCAAGGCCCUCAUCGCCCAGGGCUCCGGUCCAUAUUUCUAUCUUCCAAAGCUUCAAAGCGCCGAGGAGGCUCAACUCUGGGCUGACGUUUUCAAGUACACCGAGGACAAGCUAGGCCUCGCCCGUGGAACCAUCAAGUGUACCGUGCUCAUUGAGCAUUUGCUCGCCAGCUUCCAACUCCACGAGAUCAUCCAUGCCCUCAAGGACAACAUUGUCGGACUCAACUGCGGACGUUGGGAUUACAUCUUCUCCUACAUCAAGACGUUCCAGAACCAUCGCAAGUUCCUUCUCCCAGACCGAUUCCAAAUUGGAAUGACCGCUCCAUUCAUGAGAAACUACUCCUUGGAAGUCAUCAAGGCCUGCCAUCUCCGUGGUAUCCAUGCCAUGGGAGGUAUGGCUGCCCAGAUUCCAAUCAAGCACGACCAGGUCGCCAAUGACAAGGCAUUUGCCCUAGUCAGAGCUGACAAGGAACGAGAGGCCACUGACGGACACGAUGGAACAUGGGUUGCUCAUCCAGGAUUGGUGCCAUUGGCUAAGAGAGUUUUCGAUCAAAUGAUGCCAAAGCCAAACCAGAUCAGCAAGAAUCUCACCCGCGCCAAUUGCACCAAGGAAGACCUCACUGUGAUCCCAGAGGGAACCCGCACUGAAGCUGGAUUCCGCCAUAAUAUCUCUGUAACUCUUGGUGAGCCUUAAAAAAUAUUUUUGAACAUUUUUGAAAUUGGAAUUAAUUUCAGGAUACCUCGACUCUUGGCUCAGAGGAACCGGAUGCGUGCCACUCUACAACUUGAUGGAGGACGCUGCCACCGCCGAAAUCUCGCGUGCUCAGCUCUGGCAAUGGCUCCAUCAUGAUGCUAAGCUUGAGGACGGUCGCACUAUUGACGCCGGACUUGUCAAGCAAACGAUUGCCGCCGAGACCGAGCGUCGUCUCAUCCGAGCCGGAUCAGUUGUCAACCGAAUCCCAGAGGCUGCCGACUUGCUCGAGAAGUUUGUCACCGAGGAGAAGAUGAGCGACUUCUUGACCACCGACGCUUACGACAGGCUUGUCUCUGAAGGAUAUUAGGAAAUUUUUUUAAAUUUGAAUUACUUAUUUGUAUACUUCUCUCCAUGAUUUUCGUUGCACCUACUGGUUUUCUUGUACAUUCUGCCGUUAAUUAUAAAUCUCUUCAGUAAAAUUUUGUCAUGUCC